AUGACACAGGACCAAUGAAAAUCGUCCCUCAACAAACCUGGUCUUGACGCAGCGGCUGUGUACGCUGAGAACUUUUACAGCACCUGUUCAUUCGUGAACACUGGCUCCACCUGGACGUUAGAGAAUGCUCGUGACAGCAACGCCUGUGGUGUGCAGGUGCUAGCAGGUACCACCUGGGUAGCCUAUGAGGUGAUGAUAACAGUGCAAACUCAGCCCUUGAUACAGACGGCCGCUGACCCACGCUUCAGCCUCAGCUGUAACUUUACCGGCGCUGCGACUGAAGUCCGUGUGGUGGCCGGCUCUCUCACCGUCCUCAGAAAACCGUUCCAGAGGAAACAGGAGACGAUCCGUGGAAACAUCAACCAGGUGUACAGCCUUAGUAUAGUGAACAACACGGAUAAGGUGACUCCAGUCAGCAGUGCCAUGCUGGGUGAUAGGAUAGCCCUGGCGGUCACCAUGCAGGGCACGGAUCCAGAUGAACAGAGUUUACGGGUGCGAAGAUGUGUAGCCACAAACACCAGACAGACAGAAGUGGUUCUGCUUGACAAUUACUGCCCGGUGUUACAGACCAUGAUUGAUGGCGACUCUGGGUUUAUUACGAGCGGUACUCAGGCUGUACUGCCGGGACUCCAGGCCUUCCGUAUCCAGGACUCUCCCGAUGACAUCGUCACUUUCUCGUGUAUUGUGGAGCCUUGUAACAACGCCCAAGCUUGUGACGGGAACAAUUGCGGCGGUCAGUCGGUCAGGCGGAAGCGUCAGAGUAGUGAAGAUGACGCCCCGCUUCUCCGAUUGGUUGUACAGUACCGGGUUUACGACCCUCAGAACUCCGGGACAGCUCUGUCAGCCGGCGAUUCUCGUCAGUCAUCUAGUAUGUCAGAUUCUACUCAGCUGGCUCUUCUUCUCACUGUGGCUGUCGUUUCCGCCUUGCUGAUCAUAUCCGUCAUCGGCACCAUCUUCAUCUUCUGUCGGCUGAGGAAGAUCAAGGGAGACAAAUCUGUCGACAUGGGAUCUUCCUGAGCGACUCCCAGGACAUGAGCGGCUGGUUUAUUAGUUGGACCAACCUCAGUGGGCCGAACAUCGCCGAUGAUUCUUAGAAAACCUAGAAGAUGUAACUGAUUAGGAGUGUUGUGAGACCCCUGCCUCAAUAACAAUGUGUGAUAUUCAUAAAUUAUGAAAUGCUCUUUUCUUCUCAAACUACAAAUUUUUGUAUUCAGAAAUUUUUUUUUCUGACAAAUUCUAACUGUACACAGUAUAAUUUACCUCACCUUUAAAUAAAUAUAUUGAAUAAGAUGCAUUCUAGUGCGUGCCCAUAUGCGUCAUAUCUGACAAUUUAACGUGAACAGUGUCUAAUAUAAAAAAAACUGCCACUGCAUGUGAUCGUAAUUUUGA